GCGUGUAGGGGACGUCGGCAAGACGCGUCCAGAGUGAAUGACUGCCACUGCGUGUGGUUGUGUGACAUUGUGACAGGACAAAACUCAUCAGAAACAAACGGUUCGGAUUCGCGUCUGCAGGUGAAGCAGAAUCAGAGGGAAGGGACGUGGGAUCAGGAGAUGCGUCACGGCGAAGAAUGUGUUCACCUUAAAGGCGUGGAACAAAAAUUACUGUGAGCAGCGCAGGUGGAUUUCCUCCCGCAUGAUGUACACAAUCACAAGAGGUCCCAGCAAACUGGUCACGCAGAGGAGAACAGGACCCACUCAGCAGCUGGAGAGCAAAAUAAAUGACUUCAAGCACAAACAGACGUCCUGGAACGUGCCGGACCUUUCUGCACCCAGGAUAGUUUUCAACCGUCUGAACGGGAAGAAGCACCAUCAGCCCGCUCAGGCGCUCCCCGCAGACAGACGGCAUGAAGAGGCUUUCUCCCCGGAGCACGAGGAAAACGUGAAGUUCAUCUCUGAGGCCUGGCAGGAGGUGGUUCAGGCGGAGGAAGGUGGAGGAGAGCAGGACUCCCAGACGGCGGUUUACUACAAAGAAACGUCUGCUGGACCACACAUGGACAGCUUUGUGCCCAUAGAUCUGGAUGAGUGGUGGGCCCAGCGCUUCUUGGCCAACAUCGACAAGCUAUCCUGACAUUCCAGACUGGAUCGGAUGCUGUUUGCCAGUCAGGAGGUGAGAACUGAGGAACGGCUCACCGAGGAGAAACGAGGCCUGUAGGUGUGACGGCUCAGACGGCCCAGGAAUGCUUUAGACGGACCGACAGCGCUGGGACGCUGACCCCAAAGCUGCUGAGAGCUGCUUCAGUGUCUGAGAGACCAGAUGCAGGAUAAGGUUUCUGGUGGCGUUUCUGGUCACAGCAGAGACAGUUUGAAUGCAGUAAAAUUGUAUUUCCAAGA